CGAUAGGCACAAGUCUGUUGUUUAAAAUGCUAAGCAGAUGUGCAAUAAUGUUUUCAUGGAAGAGAGUACGGAUAUCGAUUGUUGAAAUAUGAGGGAAUUAGAUGCUUUGAACACCAAGAUAUUUAAAGAGAACUGGCAUACUUCAUGGUUUGUUGACUAUGUGGUCUUUUGAAAGGGUAGACGGACUUAAGGCGAUUUAAGGGCAUCUGUGUCCUCGGUCUCAGUUGUCACGCAUCAUAAGCUAAGAAUUGUCCACUGGUCAUCCAUCAUUAGUUCAUCUUUCAAGUAUUCUUGGUGCAAUCGAACACGGGUCAGCUCCUUAUUCGAAUGGAUCAACAAAUCAGGCGCCCAAGCAGUCUUCCGUUGCGCUCGAGCUCCCGUGAUCUCCAUUACAUUCCAGGGAACCAAUUACCCACAUGGAUGGAGAUAUUCCCCGGGGUCAGCUACCGGCGAAUGCUCAACUUGGUACGUGUCUACACAAAUUCGCGGCGCCUCUACAAGCUUGCGCCAUGCGUUCUCGUUUGUGCUGGGUUUAUUUUACUUAUGAUUCUCAGGAUUCCGCGGGAGUCCCACUUCGUACGGGACAGACGGUGUAAUAAGGAAAACGAAGUGACCCGGAAUGGGCGAUCUGUGUGCGGGGAAGGACGCGCUUUGAAAUACCUCAGCUAUCAACCGCCUGGAGGGGGGUGGAAUAAUCAGAGGAUCGCCUUUGAGAAUGCUGUCAUUAUUGCGAAGCUUUUAAACAGAGUCUUGCUCGUGCAGCCUUUAGCCCCACAUAAGGAGAUACUUCGUGUAAGACACAACCCACCGUACCCUACUGGUUAUGGUAUUUACAACGCCAUUGCCAAAGAAAACCUCCUCCCACUAUCUAAGGUGAUCGACCUUAAUCGAUUGUCACGUCUGCUGACCAUCAAAGAGGUCACCACCAGUCAUGAAGAGUUCGUACACAGCUACCAACACAUGUCCUGGUACCGAGUCUGCCAUAACGGGCUCGUGGGGGUCUGGGUCGACAAGCUGCCUCCUGCGCAUGACAGACUCAGCUGGGAGGUACUCAAAGAGCAUGCGCAAGAACAGAUACCCGCUGUCGAAUUACCCAAAUACCGCAAAAGCUGCAAGUCAGACCUUGAGAGGUACGAGCGGGGCAACACCACUUUGCCUUUCUGGGGAAUUCUCGACGAGCUUUUAGAAAGGAAUGAAGAUAUUAUUUAUUUUGAAGAGGGUUCUAUGUUUUUUAGAGAAAUGAUUUUUCUGGACCGAAAUAGGGUAGUGGAUAGUCACAGAUGGAUAAUUAAUUACGUGAGUUUUGCGCCAGAAAUAAGGCGUCGAGUAUCGGCGAACCUAAAGAGACUUGGUCAUCACUUUAGCUGCAUCCACGUCCGCAGAACUGACCACCCUUCUGCUCAAGAAAACACACAAAAGUAUUGGCUAAACUUGCUCGAAAAACGACAAAUUAAAAACAAGACGAGCAUGCUUUAUGUCGCUACAGACGAACCCGACAUAAACUGGUUUGAGCCCUUCGCGGAGGCGGGGUUUGAGCUCUUGUUUUCGCGGGAUCUUAUUGCCCCCCUGGGGAGUGGCCUUAGGGUGACGUCACAUACUAGGGUCUUUGACCAGGAAAUCUUGGGAUUCACCGAGCAGCUGAUCUGCGCGAACGCGGAGUUUUUCGUUGGCUCGUAUUACUCGACUUUCAGCAUGUAUAUCAAUAGGCUUCGCAAACAUAAGCGAUGGAGGGGAAAGCUUUUACACAAGCCAUUCUUCGCGGUCACGUGGCUCGACACGUCACGUGCUCUACACAAGGAAGGUUGAGAUGCUAGUAAGGCAUGAUGCGCGCGCAUCUGACUGACAACGUACUACACCUUACGAUAAGUGACGAACAGAUCAACGAGACGCAACUAAACAAACAAACCUGAAGCACAUUGCCAUUUGGGUAAUCGAACAGGGACCAUGUUUUUUAAUGUUAUUGUUGCUUUCGUUCAGCAAAAUUCAAAAACGUCUAGUUAUAGCCAGAUUUUAUCGAGUGGAAAUUAAGAAGAUUAAAGCAGCUUUUUUUAUGGCAAUUUCACCUCUGCUUUUACAAUGCGCGUAUUAAAUUAGUAAAACUACAUACAGACUGUAGAGCAGAGGGUGACCAGGUAACUUACAGGUUGAAGACGCGACAUAAAAUAUAAGAACAAACAUUAGACCCAAGAUGAAGACGCGACAUAAAAUAUAAGGACAAACAUUAGACCCAAGAUGAAGACGCGACAUAAAAUAUAAGGACAAACAGAAGACCCAAGAUGAAGACGCGACAUAAAA